AACAUUAAACGUAACAGAAUAUUAAGUUCAAUAAUUUUAUAAAAAUUUUAAUUAAAAAAUUGUGUAUCUUUAUAAUUUUUUUUAAUCUUUCAUUUCUUUUUCUUAUUAUAAAUAAAAUAAAAAUUUUAAUAAGUUUAAAAAUUGAUUUGGAUACAAUUUUUUCGUUUUGAAAUCAAUUCUGUUGAAAUAUAAUUGAAAAUAUUAAAAUUCUUUCAUUUAAUAUUGAAGUUCUUUUCAUUUGGUCGUAAAAUUUUACCAUUUUUGAUCAUAUAUAUUUUUUAAUAAUAAAUAGAAUUUAAUUACAGAGUUGUCUCUCUAAUUUGUUCUAUUCAAAUGUUCAAAUGUUCUAAAUAUUAUAUAGUUGAAUUAUUGCAAUUACUUUAAUUAUUAACCAUUUAACAAACGCUUUAACAUUUUAUAAAGGAGAAUCAAGUCCUCCAAACAAGUAUACAACACAUCAUUAAAUAAUAUAAAUAAUUAUUAACAUAAAAUAAUACAACAUAUUACUUUUAUUUAAAAUUGUUUUUCGUAAUUAGUUUUUUAUUAACAUUUAUGCGUUCAUAGUAUUUCUAUUUAUAUGAAUGAUUCUAUUUCACGAAUUUUUACAAAUACUUCAUUUUGUUCUUAAUAUUCUUAUAUGAUCUGAAUUAUAGACAAUUGUCCAGUUUAGAGCUCGUAAUUCGAAUCUGAUUGAACAGAAAUUAUCCAUGAAUUGGAAAUAAAGAAAAACUCCAAUCAUCAAACGUUAUACUUUUCGAGUUUUUCGUGGAGAACUUUGAAGAAGAAAGUUUUUAAUAAUAAUUAGUUCAAGAAAGCAACUAAAUGAAAGAAAUGGAAUUACAUCAAAUAAUAUCAGUAUUUAAUUAUGUAUUUAGAGCGAUUAAUAUUGUAGAUGUAAUGCUAUCACGUAAUGUUCAGGUCACCAUUUAUCUUAAAUAAGUAGAAAUAUCACAAAUAAACAAGUGUCGAUAAAUAAAUGGAAAAAUGGAAUCUAUUUUGUUUCUUUUUCUCGUUAUUUUCUUGAGAACGAAGCGAAAAUGAAAAAAAAAUAAAAAAAAUCUUCUAAAGGAUCCCCUCUCAAAGUUGACACUUAAAUUCAAGACACAUUGUACAAAAUUAUAUUCAUAUGCAACUUCAUGCACUCAUAAAGUGGAAUUUAUCAAUAGCCCAACCGUCACCCGUAAACCAACACCAAAUCCAACAAUCCCUUCAGGUUUCCGUAAUUCAAAAUUCCAUGUGACAGGAUCGCCACGAAACCCGUGAGGCAACACUAAAUUUAAUACUUCAAAAUAACCGCACGGGUUUGUGGUGCGAAAUCCACAGAAAAAUACAGAUCCAACUGACAUAACCUCCUCGAUGAUGAAUAUACCUUACAAUAUACAAAUGUCAACAGGCGUGCCCAACGUGCCUGAACAAAGCAGGGUAUUCCAACAACCCCGAAUGGUCACGCAACAAAUGCAAACUGCCCCUUGUAUUUAUUCGACAAAUCCGCAAGAUCCGUUCAAGCAACCGUGCUACCAAUUCCAUCAAGAGGAUGCAUACAUGGCGAAUCACCAGUACCAACCAAACCCCGUGCAAAACCCGAAAAGCUCUUACCUGCCAAUGUUUCAACAAACAUAUCCCAACAUACCUACAUCUACAAACGUACAAACACAACCAAAUUACACUAUCCUCCCACAAAAUGUUCUUGACCAGAUACGCAACUGCGUGAACGGGGCGAGUUCCAUAUUUAUUCUGCCGGCCACCUGUCACCAACAAGCCAGUCAAACCGCUCAAGGAAACCCAAUACACCAGCAGACAACAGCACAAUUGACGAAUGUCAAUCCAUCACAACCAAUCUCCUAUCCACCCUCCUUCUAUCCCUAUCCUAUCCCUAUGCCUAUCUACAACUCGUUUGGACAAGCUCGCGUUCAUUGCUCGCAUUGUUGGCAAAACAGACAAGCAACCGGCAAGGGCUAUCCACACGGAUGCUGCUGCCACAUGCUCAAGGUAGAGGAGGAGCAUCAUUGCACACCUACAGACGAUGACACUAUUUGCUCGAAACGGAACUGUCCAGCUUCCAUAAGUCUUCAAGCAUUGGCAUCGCAAUUUUUGACACUUCCAGGGAUUAUAUCUUGUUGCGCUACACGUUUGAUCCUGAGGAGAAUACCUGGCUCUAAUAUAACGACCACCAUGGAGGAGACGAUGGAGAAGGCCCAAAUGUGUCUAAAUACCCUUAACAAGGAACAGUUGCUGUCCGAAGCGAGGGGCGCGCAGCAGUUGAACGCCUUGAUCAAUCUUCAUAUGACCACGAAUCCACCGGCGAAUAUUAUUCCGUUGCUCACGCUGGUGCAGGUGAAGGUGAACGUGCUGAAGGCGCAGGUCGAGAGUUUGAUCAACAAGAAGGUGAUGGAGUGUCAGGGAUAUGGGUAUGAGGUGGAAACCGCCGGCCCCAUAGAUCCAGCCGUGCUCUGCACCAAAACGAACGAGGAGUUGCGACACCUGCUCGCCGUCUUGAGGCAAAAGGAAACCGACGAGCAACUUAACGUGAACUACUCGCCUUAUAGCUCGCAAAGAGUGAUCGCCGAGAGCCGUUUAAUCACCGUCCGAGCGAAAAUCCGGCAAGUGGAGAUGGAAUUCGAUAGAAGGAGAAGUGUCGCGAUACCUCUGCCUCUGCCCACCCUCACCUCGAGAGCCAUCCAACAAUUCUCCGAAUCCAGAUGCACAUUCGGUAUCGCGGACGCGCAUCUGUUCGAGCCUUGCGUCCAGGGCAGGAUAUUCGAGUCGCCCGAUCCGUUUUCGCAUUGUCCCCGCAGCCAUAAGAAGCUUUGCCUGCAACCACGUGAAUAUUUCCAGGACUCGGUAUGCAUAAGGCGAAAUGUUAAAAUAAGGGAUACGUCUGACACUGGAACCGCGAUGCACAAAGACACGGGGACGGGGGAGAGUGCGAAGAGCACGAAGGAGAAAGGGGUUGAAUCGAAGUCGAGCGUGGAGAUCUGCACCUGUGAGACGACUUCGUCCGAGGAGAGUAUUGAUGAGGAUAAAAAAAAACUCCGAUUAAAUAUCGGCCAAAAAGGAAACGCCAAUAAUUUGGAACGUGCAUCGUUGUUGAAACUGCCGCCCCACGUCGUUACGAGAGUUGAGGUUUGCAAGGCUGGAGAGUUGAAAAAGGUGAGGAGAGAAAGAGAAGAAACGGAUGAGAGAGCGAAAGAAGCGUUGAGAAAUGAUGAAAUCGAGAAGAUUUGUGAAGAAAAACCGAUAGACACAAAGACAGUUGAUAGCAGAGAAACGACUAAAAUUAAGAAUGAGAUUAAAAUGUUAAGAAUUGAAGAGAAAUCUGAAAUUAUUGGGCCGAUUCAGGUAAACGUUAAAAGUAGGGAAAGUGUGAGAAUGUGUAAAGACAAUAAGACCGAUGUGUCAAAGAAGAAGGUGUUUGAUUGUAAAUACAUUUCCAUUAAGGAACCAGAAGAAAGUGAGGAGCAUGAUAAAAAGAAGAUAUUUCAUGUAAUCAAGGAAAGAAGAAAAGAGAAUCAAAAAACGAAAAAAGCAUCAGAACCAAAAUUAGAAAGCAUAGAAAAAGAUGAUGCAGAUGUUUCGAUUAAAGAUGAACCAGUGGAAAAAACAACUAAAACCAAUGAAAUUGAAGUGUCAAAGAAGCAGGUGCUUGAUUGUAAAUACAUUUCUGUUAAGGAACCAGAAGAAAGUGAGGAGCACGAUAAAAAGAAGAUAUUUCAUGUAAUCAAGGAAAGAAGAAAAGAGAAUCAAAAAACGAAAAAAGCAUCAGAACCAAAAUUAGAAUUAAAAAGCAUAGAGAAAGAUGAUACAGAUGUUUCAAUUAAAGAUGAACCACUGGAAAAAGCAACCAAUGAAAUUCAAGUGUCAAAGAAGCAGAUGCUUGAUAGUAAAUACAUUUCUAUCAAAGAACCAGAAGAAAGUGAGGAGCAUGAUAAACAGAAGAUAUUUCAUAUAAUCAAGGAAAGAAGAAAAGAGAAUCAAAGAACAACAAAAAUUAAAUCGGAACCAAAAUUAGAAUUAGAAAGCGUAGGAAAAGAUGAUGCAAAUGUUUCAAAUAAACCAGUGGAAAAAACAACUAAAAGCAAUGAAAUUCAAGUGUCAAAGAAGCAGGUGCUUGAUUGUAAAUACAUUUCUAUUAAGGAACCAGAAGAAAGUGAGGAGCAUGAUAAACAGAAGAUAUUUCAUAUAAUCAAGGAAAGAAGAAAAGAGAAUCAAAGAACAACAAAAAUUAAAUCGGAACCAAAAUUAGAAUUAGAAAAUGUAGAAAAAGAUGAUGCAGAUGUUUCCAUUAAAGAUAAAUCAAUAGAAAAAACAAGUAAAAGCAAUGAAAUUCAAGUGUCAAAGAAGCAGGUGCUUGAUAGUAAAUACGUUUUUAUUAAAGAACCAGAAGAAAGUGAGGAACAUGAUAAAAAGAAGAUAUGUCAUAUAAUCAAACAACUUAAAAAAGGGAGUCAAAAAACAAAAAAAGUUACAUCAGAACCAAAAUUAGAAUUAAAAAACGUAGAAAAAGAUGAUACAGAUAUUUCAAUUAAAGAUGAACCAGUGGAAAAUACAACUAAAGCCAAUGAAAUUGAAGUAUCAAAGAAGCAGAUGCUUGAUUGUAAAUACAUUUCUAUCAAAGAACCAGAAGAAAGUGAGGAGCAUGAUAAAAGGAAGAUGUUUCAUAUAAUCAAGGAAAGAAGAAAAGAGAAUCAAAAAAUGAAAAAAGCAUCGGAACCAAAAUUAGAAUUAGAAAGCAUAGAAAAAGAUGAUGCAGAUGUUUCAAUUAAAGAUGAAUCAGUGGAAAAAACAACUAAAGCCAGUAAGACUGAUGUGUUAAAGAAGAUGGUGUUUGAUUACAAAUACAUUUUUAUUAAGGAACCGGAAGAAAGUGAGGAGCAUGAUAAAAAGAAGAUAUUUCAUAUAAUCAAGGAAAGAAGAAAAGAGAAUCAAAAAACGAAAAAAGCAUCGGAACCAAAAUUAGAAUCAGAAAGCAUAGAAAAAGAUGAUGCAGAUGUUUCAAUUAAAGAUAAACUAAUCAAAAAAACCAGUGAGACUGAUGCGUCAAAGAAGCAAAUGUUUGAUUAUAAAUACAUUAUGGAAGCAGAAGAAAGUGGGGAGGAUGAUAAAAAGAAGAUAUUUCAUGUAAUCAAGGAAAGAAAAAGGGAGAGUAAAAAAAGGAAAAAAAUUGCAUCGGAUCGUACAAAAUUUGAAUUAGAAAACUUAGAAAAAGAUGAUGCAGAUGUUUCAAUUAAAGAUGAACCUGUCGAAAAGACAAAAUUCGCUUAUUUUCCUUUCAAAAAAUUGAAAAAAUUAAAAAGUACAAUUUCGCUUUCUACGCAUGCUCCAGACAAAGAAAACGCAAAUGAUGAUAAAGUUGAAAAAGAUGAUGAAGUUGAAAAGGAUGAUGAAGUUGAAAAGGAUGAUGAAAUUGAAAAAGAUGAAUACAACGAAUUCGAAAAGAAAAAUGUAAAGAAAAAAAAUGUACAGUUCGUUUCUACAAUGACUCAUAUAAAAUAUGAUAAAAAUUUUGGCGAUUUUUACGGAUGGGAUAUUAAAGAAUAUUCGGUUCAAAAUCAAUGCAAAGAAAACGAUGAAUAUGAUUCUUCGAAGGAUGUUAGUAAAGAAAAUGAAACUGAAAACGAUGAUAUGUAUUUUCUUUCAAAGAACUGCUCCAUUGUAUCUGGUAACCAAAAAUGCGAAUUAAUACCAGUCUCUACGAGUAUCGAAAUGAGCAAUAUUGAAAAAUGUACAAUUGCUGAAAAAAUGUUCCCAAAGAAUUGUCGAAUAAAUGAGAAGAAAACGGGAAAUGGACUCAAACAAUUUCCACCAUUGAAGUAUGCGCAUCAAAAGAUAGCAGAAACAACAGAAACCAAUAUCUCGGACAAUACAGUCCACGAAAAAGAAUCGAAUUCCUCCAAGAUCGUUUGCGAUAGAAGUAGUUCUUAUCAUAGUAUUUCAAGAAUGGAAAAUAACAUUAUUUCUGUGAUAUUCUCCAGGAUUGAGAAUCGAUUCGCAUCAUUCAAUUCUUUGUUAAGAAAUAUACCAAAUUUCUACGACAUUCUAUCGAAUUUUCAUUUCCACAAAUUGUCAAGUAACACUCACGAUAAAAAUAUUCAGCAUUCGAAUCGACAAAUUACCGGAAAUAAAAAUAUAAAAUCUCAGAAAGACGAUUGGAUUUUACUUCCCUCGAAUGAUCACAAUGCAACCUCCGGCGGAAAUCGCAUUUCGGUCGGUGAACAGUGUAAUAAUGUGCGUUUAGUGAAACAUUCUAUAAUCGUGGAUGAAGAAAAGAAAAAUUAUUUGCUUAUUACGGGUUCCGUUAAUAAUCAAUUUCGACAAUUGUUGGAAAACGGUUUCGAAAAGCCGUAUUAUACUCGUAGAAGUAUAAUCAUAAGAAGUCGAUUGAAAAAUUCCAAAAACUCGAAACAGGAACAUGUCCAUCCUUUUACGAUGUUUAAGAGAAUUAAAAAACAUAAAAUUGACAUGUCUCAGGCAUCAUCGUGCAUCGAACAUCAGUUAGAAAGUAGAGAAAAAUUAGUCUUACCUAGAAUACCGGAAGAUAUACAAACUCUAUCUAAUAAUGAACAUAAAGACGAAUUUGUAGGAAUAUUUAAAAACGAAAUAAUGCAACGAAAUAGUUCUGAUACUACUAUUAAUUGCUCUAACGUUUCUGAUGAUUAUUCGUCAACUGAAAAUGAGGUAACGAAGAAUUUUAAUAAGAAAUUUUAAUAGAAAUAAACACAAAGAUAUAAAUUUGAACGAAUAUCACGAUUUUAUUAGCGUUUGGCAGUAAAGUAUAACAUUGGAGAUUAAAUGGAAAAGUAACGACAUAAGAUAAACGAAUCUCUUACAAAUUUCCUUUUUGUGCGAAAUAAAAAAUUCUUUUCGAACUAUACCUCCCGUUGUAAUAGUUGUACUUUUCUGAAACAUCAUACGAAUGCUCUUUAAUCGCUGGAUGUCUUUGGAAGACCCAACUAUAUCAAUGAAAGCGCAAAUUUUUAUUUGUAUAUACAUAAUGAUUUACCCUCUCGAUAAAAGAAAACAUGAACAUAUACAUUUCAUAGUUGGAAAUAAUUAAAACCGGUGAACGAAUGCAGUAUACCUUCUUCCAUAUUUUUAUUAAUUGUUAAUGCUUCAUUUGAUGCUUGUUCUUCUGGUCAAUGGACCAUAAUUUAUUUCUAUCGUUAGCUGUCUAUUGAGAAUCUUUAGAAUCUGUAGUAACGAUACGACCACACAGGUAGAACGCAUGAA